CGAAAAUAAGCGACAACGUUUUGGUUCACUUUAAACUUUAAGCGUAGACAAUUUUUAAAAGUUUACAAAUUUCGUGCUUUUUUUUAUCAAGUGUAAAAGAAUUGUUUGUUAAUUUUUAUUAGUGGCCUUCGACGAAUUAAUUGCUACCAAAAAAGUAUCAAAUCGAUGACUAUAUCUGUUCGUUCGAGGGACUUGGUGACUUAACAAUGGACUCCCUAGCCAUGUUCAUAUUCUUGUGGGCCGUUUUGGCCCUCUUCUCCGUUUGGCUGUGCAAGCUGCUUUACCAUAAGUAUCUCAAUAAGGGCGCCAAUGCAUCUGUCAGCGCCAGCAACAGUCGCCAGGGCAGCGUUGCACCAGUCGGUGGUGCCUUAGCCAGCGGUGGUGCAAAGACCGAGAAACGACUCUCGGAGCCACGCGAACUGUUGGCCACCAAAAGCAAAGUCGAUGAUUUAUCCAAACCUCUAACGAGCGGUGGUUCGGCGGGACGUGGACGUUCCAGUGCCUCGCCCAUGGGCGGUGGCAGCGGUGGUGCUGGUGGUGCUGCCGGUGCACGACGUCGUAUGGUGCGACAAAGCUCCACGGGACCAGAGAAUCGCAAGAAACGAUAUGUGCCACCGCCUUCGAAUGUGGUCGGACCCGAAACGAGCUCCGUCACCUGGACAAGUCAGGUAUUCCGUUGGCUGUACAGCGAUCUGGUUAUUGUCAACGAACUUCUGAUGUCCUGGGUGAUUGCCAUCAAUGAUACCCUACGAAAGUCCGUGGAAGAGCAUGGUGUGGCCGUUGAAGUAGUCCGUGUACUGCCCGAUAGUCCAGCUCCAGGUCUGAACAACAUCUUCUGUAACUGCGAGGAGCAGAAUCCCGCUGAAAUGCUCAUCACCUUUGACUGUGACGCGAUGCCGGUGCUGCAGGUGAAGACCUUCAGACAAAAGUCGGGCAAGGUGGAGACAUCGCAUUAUAAGGUCACCGUGUCGCGAUUCCGUGCACGCAUGUCCAUACCCAUGAACUACAAUACGCUCAAGGGUGAGAUGCGUGUCGAUGGCUAUCCAGACGUGCGCAUUGCGAUGAACUCGGUGGGCGCCAUCAAGGCCAUGGAUCAGGAUGAGCAACAACUGCAGACGGUUAUCAGCGACAUAUUGACGACGGCACUGCGUGAUACCGUCUAUCCAGUGGACUUCUCCAUCUACUCGACCUGUCCACGUGCCGAAGUGGAGCCUUUGGAUCUACCUGUAAUCUAUCCCGUCCAUUAUGACUCGCUGGCGCACAACAUGGAGCAUCUGGGAGGGGGAAUCUUGCGUGACUCUCAGCACAUGGUAUCCGGUCGUCGGCUGCUGGUGAAGAUUGUCAAGGGCGAGGGACUGCGAGAUGCCCACGAUCCCUAUGUGGUCAUCGAGAUGGACGAGCCAGCCCAAAAGAAUCAAACGGGCACUCAACGUGGCAGCAAACCCUACUGGGAUGAGCACUUCCUAUUUGAACUCUCCCCACAGUCUGCCGAAAUACUAUUUGAGGUCUAUGACCGUCCAGUGAUUGCAUCGGAUCCACCCAAGUUCCUUGGUCUCGGCCUGGUUGGCAUCGAUGAGCUGGCCGUGGGUCCGGCCUCCACACAACUGCUCCAGCUGCAGCCACGUCCCUACGAGACACAGCCAGUGGCUGGCGCCAUCACCGUGGACUUUGUGUUCAUCGAAGGUGCUGAGAUUCCCGCCGGCGCUCGUCCAAAUCGCCUGAAGGAGGCACUACGCCUCAGCACGCCCGCGAUCAAUGAGCACAUACGCAAUGGCGCCGAUUUAGCCGAUGCGGCUGUCCGUGCUCUUCAGGAUGGAGCACUCUCCGGCACAAGUGGAGGACAGCCCAGCAAGAGCACACUGAUCAUACACAGCGUGCAGCGGAACUCGAGCAAUCCCAAUGCAUACAAGGUCGAGAUGAAUAAAGAUGGUCGCAUCGAGGUGAUCGAAACUCCUACAGCACUCGAUAAAGCCGUUGCCGAGGCCUUUGAACGUGCCGCCAACGAGGCAACGGCUAAUGUCGAGUCCAUCGAUACAUCGGAUCAGGUAGAUAGUGGCCUGGUCAAUGAAACCGCCAACGAAACAGGUAACCCCAACGAGGAGAGCACCGCCGAGUUUGGCCAGCCAAAUGCCGCAUCAUCCCCCAAUGGAAGUAGCUAUCACAAUAAUUACAGCCUUAAUGGCAGCAGCAAUCUCACCGGACAACCCAAUGGCAGCGGCUCCGGUUACAACUCGAAUAGCUUGUCCAGAAACGGUGCAACCUUACCAUAUCCCGGACAGCAGAUGGGAGCGGGAGUUGGCGCGGGAAUGGGACCGGAGCUGGAUGAUCGCGGUCGGAGCAAAAAACGUAAUUUCUUUGGCACCCUCAAGAAGCGGCUAAGUCGCUCCAAGACACGUACCCUAUCGGCCGAUCAGCCCAAUAAUAAUCAUAAAUCAGUCACAAAUACAACAACAACAACAACCACAGGAAUAACAAGAACAACCACUGGACCCCUCAAUGGUGAAUCUUCCCGUUCAUUAUCUGUCGAUCGUGCUACUCUGUCUAAAAGCAAUUCACUUGGACCCCGCAUGGGCAUUGGCUCGUCCAUGACCGACCACUCACGACGCUCUUCAAUUUCAGAAUCUUCGGCCAUCUCAGGUUUCUCCUCGGCCAGCAACAAAACUUACGUACACGAGGCCUCCACUCUCGUGCUGGAGACAGUCGAGAAUGGCGUUAAGCGUCAUUUUGUCGUGCCUCUGGCGAUUGCACAAAGACCUCGCUGGCGACGCAAGGGCACCAAGUUGCACAUCUACAACGAUCACACCUUCAUAGCCAAGCAUUUGAGCGGAAGCGGCUUACAGUGCUCCAUCUGCAUGAAGUCCAUACCAAGGCGACCGGGCAAGCAGGGCUAUGAGUGCCGCGACUGUCAGUUGAUCUGCCACAAGCAGUGUCACAUAAGGGCGCCACAGGCGUGUCCCAAUCCAACAGUACUCUCCAUGGAACUAACCUCAUUUCCGGUACUCACAGAGCGAGAUUUGAACCUAGUUAACUGAAGCAAUAUAUAUCUAUUUAUACUUAAAAAUCCAAUAUAAUACUAUUCUAUCUAUUUAUUAUAAAGUCCGCUAAUUGCAGUUUAAUUUUUAUUACAAGCAAUUUUCAUUUCUAUCGAAAACUUUAUUUUUGUUCAGCUUUUCAACUUGCAAUUGGCGUCAGAAUUACAAAAGAAUAUGUAGAAAAAUUGACUGGCAUUUGGUAUUUAUUUGCGGUAUUUCAAUGCUAUCGCUUGCUUGGCAUAUACUAACUUGUAUUCAAUUUAUUAACACACAAACACACACACACCAAUAUACGCACUUACAUACUUAUAUGGAUUGCUUAUGCAAAACGUUAUCAUUUCAACAGAUUUCUAACAUAUAUUUUAAUUUUUCUAUUUCACAACAAA